AUGUCGUCUCAAAUAGACAUCGCAGCCGUGAGAAGCAAGUUCCCGGCUCUAGGCCAAGACCAGGUCUUUUUCGAUAACGCAGGUGGAAGUCAGACGCUGGGUACCGUUAUUGAUUCUAUCCGGGAUUAUCUCACACAGACCAAUGUCCAGCUAGGCGCCUCAUACAAAGUCGGCCAGAAGGCGACUGCCUCCUACGGUGAAGGCUACCAGGCCGGAGCAAAGUACAUCAACGCAUCUUCUGACGAGAUUGUCUUCGGCGCUUCGACAACCCAGCUCUUCCGCAACCUAUCCCACACCCUUUCCUUCAGCAAAGGCGACGAAAUCGUUGUAUCAGCAGUCGACCACGAAGCCAACAUCGCAUCCUGGGUCGACCUCGCCGCCCGCCAGGGCCUCGAGCUGAAGUGGUGGAAGCCCUCGGACGCGACAGCGGCAACAACAAACCCAAAGCUCACCGCGGAGAACCUCAGGCCCUUACUCUCGGACAAGACCCGCUUGGUGACCCUCACGCACGCGAGCAACAUCCUGGGCACGAUCCACGACGUCGCCGCCGUGGCCGCCCUUGUCCAUGAGUCGACACCCAAGGGCCUCGUAUGCGUCGACGGCGUGGCGUACGCUCCGCAUCGCCCCAUCGACGUCAAGGCCCUCGAGGUCGACUUUUACGCAUUUUCGUGGUACAAGGUCUACGGCCCGCACACGGCGAUGCUAUACGCGAGCCGCGCGGUCCAAGACGGGCACAUGCGCUCUCUGGGCCACUUCUUCAACCCGAGCGAAUCCCUCGAAGGGAAGCUGGGACUUGCCGGGGGCAGCUAUGAGCUGGUUUCGGCCGUCCCGCGGGUGCUAGAGUACCUCGGUACCCCCGAUUCCGGGAGCUGGAAGGGCAAGAUUGAGCAAGAACGGCAGCUCCAGUCCACCCUGCUCGAAUACCUCAACAGCCGCGGCGAUACGACGAUCUACGGCGAGACAGAUGCCAGCAUCGAACGCCGUGUCCCGACUAUCAGCUUUAGAGUGCAAGGCUGGGGUACCAAGGAGAUCGUCAAUGCCGUAGAAAAUGAGUCCGAUUUUGCCUUCCGAUGGGGUCAUUUCUACUCGUACCGGCUCAUCGAAGAUAUUUUGCAAUUAGAUCCUACCGACGGGAUUAUUCGGGUUAGCAUGGUUCAUUACAACAGUCUCGACGAAAUCAGUGGUUUUAUUGCGGCCCUGGACAAGGCACUGCAACAAAAGGCCAAGUAG